AUGAAAAUUAUUGCCAAGUCGUAUCGCAUAUCCAGCUCUGCAGCCAGCCAAAUUGUUAAGCAAACCUGCCUAGCCUUACGUAAUGUGCUGCAGCCUAUCUACCUUGCUACACCAACAACAGCCCAAUGGAAGGAAAUAGCCAAUGAUUUUGAGACAUUGUGGCAAUUUCCUAAUUGCAUUGGCGCUAUUGAUGGAAAGCAUGUGUGUAUAGAAGCUCCAGGAAACUCUGGUACAUUGUUCCACGAUUACAAAGGUCAUUUUAGUACGAUCCUCCUUGCAGUGUGUGAUGCCAGGUAUCGUUUUACAUUGGCGGACAUUGGGGAGUGUGGUUCACGUGGUGAUGCUGGCCUAUUUGGCGAAUGCCAUAUAGGGCAAAAGCAGAACGACGGACAGCUCGGUAUUCCACCAGACAGCAAGGUGCCAGGUGCACCAAUGAAGUUGCCAUACGUGUUUCUUGGUGAUGAGACAUUUCCUUUACUGAAAAACCUCAUGCGACCAUACCCUGGUUUUGGCAUUCAUGCUGAACGUAGGGUGUUCAACUACAGGUUGAGCCGAGCAAGGCGCACCAUUUGA